AUGCUGAGAGCAAGAGCCCUGAUAUUCCUGGGAACUCUGCUGACUGGAUCUCUGGGUGCCCCCCCCCCAGGCGGCCAGGAUGCGCCCCCACUGGCCUGGGAAGUGCAGCGCUAUGACGGCUGGUUCAACAAUCUCAGGCACCAUGAACGCGGGGCGGUUGGUUCGCGGCUGCAGCGCUUAGUCCCGGCCCAUUACGCGGAUGGCGUCUACCAGGCCUUGGAGGAGCCGCUGCUGCCCAACCCUCGCCGGCUGAGCGAUGCGGUGGCUCGGGGCCGAGCCGGGAUGGCGUCGCUGCGCAACCGCACGGUGCUGGGCGUCUUCUAUGGCUACCACGUGCUGUCCGACCUGGUGAGCGUGGAGACCCCCGGCUGCCCCGCCGAGUUCCUCAACAUCCGCAUCCCGCCCGGAGACCCCGUGUUUGACCCCCAGCGGCGCGGGGACGUGGUGCUGCCCUUCCAGAGGAGCCGCUGGGACCCCGAGACCGGACAGAGCCCCAGUAACCCCCGGGACCUGACCAACCAGGUGAGCGGCUGGCUGGACGGCAGCGCCAUCUACGGCUCCUCGCACUCGUGGAGCGACGCCCUGAGGAGCUUCUCCGGGGGACAGCUGGCGUCGGGGUCCGACCCCAACUUCCCGCGGGACCCGCAGGCCGCGCUGCUCAUGUGGUCGGCGCCCGACCCCGCCACGGGCCAGGGCGGGCCCCGCGGGCUGUACGCCUUCGGGGCCCCGCGGGGCAACAGGGAGCCCUUCCUGCAGGCGCUGGGCCUGCUGUGGUUCCGCUACCACAACGCGUGCGCGCGCAGGCUGGCGCGGGAGCGGCCGCGCUGGGGCGACGAGGAGCUGUUCCAGCACGCGCGCAAGAGGGUCAUCGCCACCUUCCAGAACAUUGCUCUGUAUGAGUGGCUGCCCAGCUUCCUGCAGAAAACGCCCCCGCCGUAUACAGGGUACCACCCUUUCACUGAUCCCAGCAUCUCCCCGGAGUUCGUGGUGGCCACUGAGCAGUUCUUCUCCACUAUGGUGCCCCCUGGUGUCUACAUGAGAAACUCCAGCUGUCAUUUCCGGGAAGUCCUGAACAAGGAUUUGGGCAGCUCUCCAGCUCUCAGGGUCUGCAACAGCUACUGGAUUCGGGAGAAUCCUAAUCUGAAGAAUACCCAGGAUGUGAAUGAACUGCUACUGGGAAUGGCCUCGCAGAUCUCAGAACUGGAGGACAGGAUAGUGAUCGAAGACUUGAGGGAUUAUUGGCCUGGCCCUGACAAGUUCUCCCGCACAGACUACGUGGCCAGCAGCAUCCAACGUGGUCGAGAUAUGGGGCUGCCCAGCUAUAGCCAAGCCAUGCUGGCUUUGGGACAGGAGCCCCCAAAGAACUGGAGGGACCUCAACCCCAAGGUAGAACCCCAGGUGCUGGAGGCUACAGCUGCCUUGUACAACCAGGACCUGUCUCGGCUAGAGCUACUCCUGGGUGGGCUCCUGGAGAGCUAUGGAGACCCUGGACCCCUAUUCAGCAACAUCAUCCUCAAUCAGUUUGUGCGACUGAGGGAUGGUGACCGUUAUUGGUUUGAGAACACCAAGAAUGGGCUGUUCUCCGAGGAAGAGAUUGCAGAAAUCAGAAACACCACCCUCCGGGAUGUGUUGGUAGCGGUCACUAACGUUGACCCUAGCUCCUUGCAGCCCAAUGUCUUUGUCUGGCAGGAAGGUGCGCCCUGCCCACAGCCCCGGCAGCUCACAACUGAAGGCUUGCCCAACUGUGUGCCCCUUACUGUGACUGACUACUUCAAGGGCAGCGGUGCGGGCUAUGGCCUUGUCAUUGUGGCUCUCUGCUGCUUUCCCUUAGUGAGUCUGCUUAUGGCUGGGGUGGUGGCUCAUUUCCGGAACCAAGAGCGCAAGAAGCUACAAAGGAAAGGCAAAGAGAGCAUGAAGGAUGAAGCCAUCAAAGUUGGAGUGACAGGGAUGGAGUGGCCAGGCCCCAAGGAGAGUAGCUAUCCUAUCACCAUCCGGCUGCUCCCGGACAAGUGCUUACAGGUGCUGGACGGAGGGCUCACGGUGCUUCGCACCAUCCAGCUGCAGCCCCUGCAGCAGGUCAACCUUAUCCUGUCCAGCAACCGGGGAUGCAGGACACUGCUGCUCAAGAUCCCCAAGGAGUAUGACCUGGUGUUGCAGUUUAACUCAGAAGAGGAGCGAGGCGCCUUUGUGCAGCAACUGCAGGACCUCUGUAAGUGCUGGAGUCCAGGCCUCCGUGUGGCUCAGAUGAGCGAGAGUGAGCUCUUCAAGAAGGCUGUCACUAAGCAACAGCGAGGCUGCAUCCUGGAGAUCUUCUUCAGGCAUCUUUUUGCUCAGGUGUUAAACAUCAACCAGGCGGAUGCAGGGACCUUGCCAGUGGACUCAUCCCAGAAGGUUCGAGAAGCCCUGACCUGUGAGCUGAGCAGGGCUGAGUUUGCUGAGUCCCUGGGUCUCAGGCCUCAGGACAUGUUUGUGGAGUCCAUGUUCUCUUUGGCUGACAAAGAUGGCAAUGGCUACCUGUCCUUCCACGAGUUCCUGGACAUCCUGGUGGUCUUCAUGAAAGGCUCCCCAGAAGAUAAGUCCCGACUGAUGUUCACCAUGUAUGACCUGGAUGGGAAUGGCUUCCUCUCCAAGGAUGAAUUCUUCACCAUGAUGCGAUCCUUCAUCGAGAUCUCCAACAACUGCCUAUCCAAGGCCCAGCUGGCCGAGGUGAUGGAGUCCAUGUUCCGAGAGUCAGGUUUCCAGGACAAGGAGGAGCUGACCUGGGAGGACUUCCACUUUAUGCUUCGGGACCAUGACAGCGAGCUCUGCUUCACACAGCUCUGUGUCAAAGGUAGAGUUGGAGGUGUUGGAAACAUCUUUAAACCAAAUAUCAGCUCUCGAGUCUCAUUCAUCACUCGGACUCCUGAGAACUGCUCUUACCCCCAGGAGCUGGUCCUCCCUGCCUCAGACACCCCUGGUCUAAAGAAGAGAUUUGGCAAAAAGGCAGUGGGGACCCCUCCCCAGCUGUACACAGAAGCCCUUCAGGAGAAGAUGCAACGGGGCCUUGUCACCCAGAAACUACAGCAAUUCAAGCGCUUUGUGGAGAACUACCGACGUCAUAUCAUGUGUAUCGCAAUCUUCUCAGCCAUCUGUGUGGGCCUGUUUGCAGAACGUUCCUACUAUUAUGCGUUUUCCUCACCACCCACCGACAUCGAAGAGACCACCUACGUGGGCAUCAUCGUGUCCCGGGGCACGGCAGCCAGCAUCUCCUUCAUGUUCUCCUACAUCCUGCUCACCAUGUGCCGCAACCUCCUCACCUUCCUGCGGGAGACCUUCCUCAACCGCUACAUCCCCUUCGAUGCCGCCGUGGACUUCCACCGCUGGAUCGCCAUGGGGGCUGUCAUCCUGGCCAUUUUGCACAGUGCUGGUCACGUGGUGAAUUUCUACAUCUUCUCAGUCAGCCCCCUCAGCCUGAUGGCCUGCGUAUUCCCCAACGUCUUUGUGAAUGAUGGGUCUAAGCUUCCCCAGAAGUUCUACUGGUGGUUCUUCGAGACGAUUCCAGGUAUGACAGGAGUUCUGUUGCUCCUGGUCCUGGCCAUUAUGUAUGUCUUUGCCUCUCACCACUUCCGCUGCUGCAGCUUCCGGGGUUUCUGGCUGACUCAUCACCUCUAUGUCAUUCUUUAUGCCCUGCUCAUCAUCCACGGCAGCUUCGCUCUCAUCCAACUGCCCAGUUUCCACAUCUACUUCCUGGUCCCUGCGAUUAUCUUUGGUGGGGACAAGCUGGUGAGCCUGAGCCGGAAGAAGGUGGAGAUCAGCGUGGUGAAGGUGGAGCUGCUGCCUUCAGGUGUAACCCACCUGCAGUUCCAGCGGCCCCAAGACUUUGAGUACAAGUCAGGGCAGUGGGUGCAGAUCGCUUGCCUGGCCCUGGGGACCACUGAGUACCACCCCUUCACGCUGACCUCGGCGCCCCACGAGGACACCCUCAGCCUGCACAUCCGGGCAGUAGGACCCUGGACCACUCGGCUCCGGGAGAUCUACUCCCCGCCAACGGGGGACAGCUGUGCCAGAUACCCAAAGCUGUAUCUUGAUGGACCAUUUGGAGAAGGCCACCAGGAGUGGCAUAAGUUUGAGGUGUCCGUGCUGGUGGGAGGGGGCAUUGGGGUCACCCCUUUUGCCUCCAUCCUCAAAGACUUGGUCUUCAAAUCCUCAGUGGGCACUCAGAUGCUCUGCAAAAAGAUCUACUUCAUCUGGGUGACCAGGACCCAGAGGCAGUUCGAGUGGCUGGCUGACAUCAUCCGGGAGGUGGAGGAGAAUGACUGCCAGGACCUGGUGUCUGUGCACAUCUACAUCACCCAGCUGGCUGAGAAAUUCGACCUCAGGACCACCAUGCUGUACAUCUGUGAGCGACAUUUCCAGAAGGUGCUGAACCGGAGUCUCUUCACGGGGCUGCGUUCCAUCACCCACUUUGGCCGCCCGCCCUUUGAGCCCUUCUUCAACUCCCUGCAGGAGGUCCACCCACAGGUGCACAAGAUCGGCGUGUUCAGCUGUGGCCCUCCAGGAAUGACCAAGAAUGUGGAGAAGGCCUGCCAGCUCAUCAACAGACAGGACCGGGCCCACUUCGUGCACCACUAUAAGAAUUUCUAAGCUUGUCCUCCCUGGAUCCUGCUUCCAGUCUCCCAUUCCCCAGAAAUGAGCUUGCCACCAAUUGGGAAUGGUGGCGGAUGCCUGUAAUCUCAGCCCUUGGAAGGCUGAAGCAAGAGGGUCUUGAGUUGGAGGCUAGCCUGGGCUUUUUUUCAAAAAAAACAACAACAACCAAAAACAAUCCUGACCUGCUGGUGAUAUCUCUGUGAGCAUUCGCCUCAGCCAGAAUGCUUGUCUUUGCCCUACCCAUCCAGUGCUCUGGGACACUAGAGAAAGUCUCCCCUACCCUCGUCCUAGCUCAAGCCCUGCAAGUUGUCAUAAGGAACGUGGGGAAGGGACAGCUCUGCUGUCUCCACUGUCUCUCACAGUCUCAACUGUGAAACGGUCCAAACUGGUCACUUCUGAGAACUCCUCCAUUUUGUUCCUACAAAAUUGUUUGCAACUGGCUUCGCCAGAAGCCUUUGAAAAAAAAAGGAGAAAUGAGGAUAUCUCUGCGAGAGAAUCUCCAAGCCCAGCUCAAGCGCCAUGAUGCUAGAAAUCAGGACAACCCAACCACCUCUGGGCCUUUCCUCCUCCUGCUCUGAAGAAAAGCAGCCUGACUCCUGCUUCCUGUCCCUUAGAAGAGUCUUAGGAGACCCCAGAGAAGAAAGAUGCCUUUCCAAGCCCUAAUGUUCCUGCUGUUAGCCAGGGUGUCUGCUGUUCUAACCACUCUGGGCAGGCCUCUCUCCAAACUGCUUGGAGCAGCCAGUCUACCAGAUGUCCAGAGCUCUCUUUCAGUUCCCAACUACCAGGGGAAAUAAAUAACUGACUGUCCAGGAUUGCCCUGGACAUAGUUAGCACCGGAAGUCUCUCAUUCUCGGGCAGAUCAGGGCACUUGAUCACCUCACCUAGAAGCUAACCUGACAUGUUACUUCCACCAGCAUUAAUAUUUGUCCUUUUUCUUCUUUACCUUUUUACCCUCCCCACACCCCCUAAAAAGCUGGGCUUUGCGUAUAGUAAGGUAUACAGACUUUCUUUUGCCAAUACUGGGGUUUUGAGCUCAAGGCUUCAUGCCUACCGUGCCCCUACCUCCUGAACUUAUUUUGCUUUUAGUUAUUAUAUUUCAGAAAAGGAUUUCAAAAGGUUAUAUUUUGGAAAAGGAUUUCAAAAGCUUCUUUCAGAACCACAAUUCUUCUACCUCUACCUUCUGAGUAACUGAAUUACACAUGCAAACCACCAGCUUAUUCUUUGCCAUAAGAUCUCAAUAAAUGAUUUGUUCUGGGCUUACCUUGAAUCAUGAUCCUCCUAUCUCUGCCUCCCAAGUAGCUGAAAUUAUAGGGAUGCUCCACAGAACCCAGAUGGAGGUAUACAAAUCUUGAAGUAAUCAUGUAAAGGUUUAUCAUCAUUCAGGUUUAGAUAUAAAAUAGUUCAAGAGUCCCAUCACCCCAGAAACUUUCCUUGCAUUCCCCUCCAGUCCUUCUUACCCUAACGCUUGGAUGCAACUACUAAUAUGAUUUCUGUCGCUCAAGUUUGGAUCAUACUGAAUGUAUUCCUAUAAGCCCAGCGCAUUUCAUUCACCACAGUGCCUUUUAGACUCAUUCAUGCUGUUCUGUCUGUUCGUCAGUAGUUUGUUUCUUUUUAUUGCUGAGUAGUAUUCUGUUGCUGCCCCAUUCUUCUGUUGAUGGGCUUUUGUGUUGUUUGGGUUUGUUUUGCUGUGAAUAAACUGCUAUGAGAUUCUUGUACCUAC